UCAAAAAAAAAAAAAACUCUUAAAUGAUAAUUAACCCAACAGCAAGCGAAGGACGGUGGUGGAAAUCGCGAAGCUCAAAUGAUCCUAUAGCUCAACUCGCCAAACAUCUGCGAGACUUAGGAAUCUUUUUCAUAAAUCUCUUCUCCAUGGAUUUUAGCCAGCCUGCAGGGGAAAACUAUGCCAAUCCAAAGACAUGCUUCUUUCAUGUGCUCUUCAAGGCUGCAGCUCUGGCAUUCUACAUACUCUCAGCUCUGUUUUUUAAUAACUUUGUUAUUAUCUUUGUGGUAACCGUUGUUCUUGCUGCCCUUGAUUUUUGGGUGGUGAAGAAUGUGAGCGGCCGGAUCCUAGUUGGGCUUAGGUGGUGGAAUGAGAUAAAUGAGGAGGGGGAGAGUGUAUGGAAGUUUGAAUGUCUUGAUCAACAGUCGUUGGCUCGUAUGAAUAAGAAGGAUUCAUGGCUAUUUUGGUGGACAUUAUACCUUACUGCAGCUGCUUGGAUCGUACUUGGAAUAUUUUCAAUUAUAAGGUUCGAGGUUGAUUAUGUCCUGGUAGUGGGAGUUUGUUUGAGCCUCAGCAUUGCAAACAUUAUUGGGUUCACCAAAUGUCGCAAAGAUGCCAAGAAGCAGAUUCAAGCAUUUGCCUCCCAGACUAUUGCUUCUCAUUUCUCAUCUACCAUACAGUCUGCAUUUAGUGUAGUGUGAGUUUCCUGAACCGAAAAGGUUAUCCGAAUACAUCAUUCUGUUUGCUUAACUAAGAUGCUACUAUCGACAUUAGACUUUUUUGUUUCUGUUUUCUAUCUUCAUUGUGGCAACAACUUUGGAAUUUCGAAAUUUGUUUUAUUUUUGGAAGCUGCAAGGACAAUGUGAUGUAGGCAUGUAAAGAAGAGAAGAGGAUAAAAUUGUAAAGAUAUUAAAAGGUUUUUGGAAUGCACAUGAUUUUAUAAUCAAA